AUGCCGGAGUACAUGAUAGCGCGGACGGACUGCCAGCAGUGCACGGACAACGCGGAGGGGAUGCUCGGAUGGAGGAGGUCAACGACUCUACCUCAUCAAGAGCUUUCGCCGGCACCUCAGCGAGGAGUUUUGUGGCAAACUGGCCCUCGCUCGGCAUCCCCCAGUAGCACCUGUCGGGGCGAAUUGCAGGCCGCUUAUCGGAAUCUGGAGGAACCACACCCCAAUAGGCCCCCGGACGCCUCACUGUCUCCGGAGAUCAUCCAGCUUUUCGUAGACACUGAGACGCUUUACGAGAAUCUGCAAUCGCCUCGCCCGAGACAGGCCGAGCAGUGGACUUCGGCGCUGCGCACACUGUCAACCAACCUCAAUAUAGUCAUGAACCGGGGAAGGUUUGGUUCGUGCGUUGAAGAAGCGCACCGCACACAGCAGUCCAUCUCCACCAUCCACGACCGCUGGCUCCACUCGCAAGCCGCCUACGCCCGCGACAGCGACUCAAACCCGCGUGCGCUUCUCGGCGACGACUUUGAGGCCCGCCUCACCAACGACAUAUCGGCUGCCCUGAGCUCGACGCUCAACUCUAUCAUCGCAUCCAACCUCGGCCUCCUCCGCAGAAGCGAGCUCUAGACCUGGUUUUCCUACCAGCCACUCGCACAGUUUUAGACCGCCCUCGACGAGCUCAAG